ACGCCGGAAGAAUGGCAGGUGUCCCAGCAGUUUUAUUUUAAAUAAAUAUGUUAUUUUUGAAGGUAUCUACAUCGUAUAUUUUUGAAGGUAUCGUAUCGGUUUGGAAAUUCUGCUGCUGCUGAGUUGAUUUCAAAACUUGGUUUUGUUAUGUUUGAAUACGUGAAAAUUAAUGGUAUACUCGUAAUUUUAUUUCCGAAAUUAAUUUUCACCCAGCGACCUUGUCUAAGAUAUCACGUCUAGGCAUGCCUAUCGGAGUUGGAAGUGAGCCAUAAAAAUGUUAGUCAUUUGUAUUCGUUCGUUCGGGCUACUGUUCUACGGGAACGCAGUACGUUCCCGUUUAUUAUAAAUAUUUUGUUUCGGUGCUUUCAGUAUCUUCCAAAAUGAAAGCGGCAGAUAAUAAAGAAGUACGUGUAGACGAUAACCAAUCCGUUUACCCACCGCUCAACGAAGCCGAACAGAGUCUACCUUAUAUUAAUCCACCUCCAUAUCCUGGUCUACCGCAAGCUCCCUCAGCACCUGGGAUUUCACAGGUGACUCCAGAGAGGGCUGCAACUCCAAUGCCUGCAACAAUUUCAGCAGUCAAUCUAGAACAAUCGGUGGGCCCAAAUCCUACCAGAGUGACAUGUAAAUCAUGCUACCAAAAUGUAACGACGAGAAUUAGUAGAAACCCGACAAUACGCACACAUUUAAUAGCUUUACUGUUCUGCGUGUUCGGAUUAUGGUUCUGUGCAUGUCUACCAUAAUGUGCCGAUUUGUGUUUAAAUUUGGAUCAUUAUUGCUCAAAAUGUGGCAAUUAUAUAGGUACAUGUAAGAAUUAAGUUGGUAAUUGGUUAAGUAAUUAAUAAUAAAUUUUAAUACUCUCUUUUACUACUAAUAUAUUGCAAGAGGUGAUUAAAUCCAAUACAUUAAGUGGAAGAGACGACGGAUAACACAAUACUAUAUUGUAUUAGUACUUCUAUAAUUAUUACAUUAUUAAUAGCAAUAUUUGUGCAUUUAUUGUUGUAGUGGUGUAUAAAACUCUAUGCAUAAUAGAUUAUUAAAUAAAUUAAAUUAUUAUUUUUAUUUAUAACUGAAUUAAUUUUAUUUAUUUUUUAAAUUUGACUAUGUACCUAUUCUAUAAUAUUAUGUCUAUAUGCCAAUAUGUAAGUAAUAUUAUUUUAGGUAAUUACUCAUUUAUUAAAGAGGUAUUUAAAAAGAUAUAUUUUUUAAAUCAUAUGAUUUCAAAUAUCUAAUAAAUAAUAACCAAUUAUACGCGACAGACGAUGUACCUUUCUUAUUAAUAAUAAGUAAUCUGUAAAUAUACUACAUAACACUUACAAAAAAUAUAGGCGCUAUAAAUGUGCUAUAAAAAGCAUAUACAAUAAGGCGCAUUCAGCUAUUUCCAAAAAUUUUAUUUUACUUAUUACAUAUAUCACCUGUUAACUGCCCACUGCUGAACAUAGGCCUUCUCCAUUAGGGAGGCUUUGCCAAUAGUUGUCAUACUUGGCAGGCAGUUUGGUAACCGCAGUUAGGCUUUUGGUGAUGUUUUAAGUGGGAUGCUGCUGCCCGUCCCUCGACCAUUAAGUUCUCUUAGUCGCCUCUUACUACACCCACGGGAAAGGAAAGAGUAGCUCAUUCUAUGUCAGGACCACAUGGCAACGGCAUUAUGAUCCAUGUUUCUUUAAUAAAAAAGGUUCAAUUUCGCUGGUAGAAUACUACCAUCAAGGGAUUAUAUAUAUUGAUCUAGAUUUGUUUGGUGGUAGAUAGUGUACAAUAUAAUGGAGCUGGGGGGAAAGGAAUUGUUAGCAAUGGAGUUUGAGAGCCCCAUUGCUAGCAUAAUGCCCUAUUAGGUCGACCUUCACGUGGUUCCCCCUGGAAACCAUCGUGAACAAUUCUUGUUGAAUUCGUCACGAUGGGCUAAGUAACCUGCUUCAGCCUCACCUACCAUCCUUCACUGGUGCCUCGCCAGUGUAUAACAACAGAUCAAUGAAUUGAUUUUAUUGUAAACAAUUCAUACAAUCUGAUAAGAAGUUAUAAUAAAAUACAAUCUGAGAGACAAUUUUAACUAAUUAAACUAAACAAAAGGUCAGUCUGAUGCUAAAUGAUUACGGUACUGUUAUGUCCAUGGUACUGCUCAUGUUUGUAGGCGACGGUUACCACUUUCCAUCAGGUGGGUUGUCAGCUUGUUUGCCAUUCUAAGUUGUAUAAAAAAAAACAGUGGUCUAUAAAUUGUUUAGCAACAGAGCGUGUUGCCGAUUUUCAACUUUAAGCUGAAACUGAAAAUUAAGUGGCCUUUCUUUAAGAAGAUUUAGUCUCUAAUAAGACCUUGACAAGAAGGAAGAAAAAAAGCUUAUUUAACAACCUGCGUAGAAGGAAAUACCUUUAAAACCGUAAUGCAUGACCGUUUACAUUUUACUGUGUCAGGGGGUACCCGUUUAUCAAUUUUGUAAAUGAAGUAGAUGAUUAUACAUUUAUAUCUACUUACCUUCUUGCCUAAAUACAAGUAUUUUUUUUUAUCUCACACAUGAUACGUAUGAGAUAAAAAAAAUACUU